AAAAGCUCAUGUUUCCGGUAGUUGGAAGUAAUUUUUUACCUUAAGCGCUCUGAAAACGUUUGCGCAGAACAACGAUUUUUUUUGUGAUUUGAUUAUCCAAAGUGAGUUUUUCCAAGGCUUUCGAAUAAUCGAGUCUGGACUGUAUAUUAAAGCAAAGUUCAAUUCUUAUUGGUUUUCCUAUUUUAACAAACUAUGGUGUGGAGUAUGAAUGAAGAAAAUUGAAAAUAUUUUUAAAUUAUGUUUUGGGGCUUAACAACUUUUCUUUCAGAAAUUCAGAUGAAAUAAAAAAUGGGAAUUAUUACAGAAUAAAUUCAUAUCAUUUUAUUUGCACAGAUAAGAUAAUCGUGAUCAGUUUUCCUUUCUUCAAGAUAGUAACAAAUUUAUUUAAAGCUUGGUAAUAGAAGUGAUAAAGCUAUCAGCUGGUGAUUGAUUACAACUAGGAAAAUUUAAAUAUAAACACUCAAGCCUUCUCCCAGUUUAUGCAAAUCAUAAUAAACAACAAAUAUCCAAGUAACAAUCCGCGAUUACAUGCAAAAUCCGCCCUAAUUGCACUACCCUAUGCGAGUCGCGUGGGAAAUUGCAUCACCGGCACGCGUCCGUUAGCGCCCAAGCAAUUACCGGUAGAACAUACACUAAGCCACCGAAGCUUAGUUCGGGCUUAGUCACGAUGCAACCGGUCGACAGUGAUCACGUUACGAUUCCGUUGGUCUCCACCGGCAACGGCAGUACCAACCGCGGUGAAACGAAGCUCUCCUUCUCGGGAAUUUCGUACACGAUCGCACGCCGACAUGGUCCCAAACAGGUUCUGGACCAGCUGUCGGGGACGUUCAGGAGUGGCCGGUUGGCGGCCAUUAUUGGACCUUCCGGGGCUGGGAAAACCAGUUUGCUGAACGUGCUGGGGGGAUUUCGUCCGCGGGAUGUGAGGGGUUCGAUACUGAUCAACGAUCAGGAGUUGAGCGCGGGGAGUUAUCGGGCGAAGGUUGCUUAUAAUACGCAGCAGAUCGCGUUGCUCCCGAACAUUACGGUGAAGGAGACGCUUGAGUUUGCGGUUGAUCUGAGGACGCGGUAUGGGAAGUCGAAGGUGCGCAAGAGGAAAACCGUUGAGGAUGUGAUCGCGCUGCUUGGGCUGGAUAAAUGUGCCCACAGUCAGGUGCGGGUGAUUUCCGGUGGAGAGCGGAAACGGCUGUCGAUUGCGCAGGAGUUGAUCUCGGAGCCGAAGAUCAUGCUGUUUGACGAACCUACCAGUGGGUUGGACAGUGAAGCGUCGUAUCAGGUGGUGUCUUACCUGAGGGAGUUGGCCAGGCAGGAUCGUUGCGUCGUCAGUGUGGUUCAUCAGCCAAGUUCCGAUCUUUUGGAGUUGUUCGACGAUAUUUACGUACUGUCGAGUGGCAGAUGCAUGUACCGAGGAUCACUGGACGUGCUAAAGAUCACCUCACCGAGUAAGCCAGAAAUCAGUAAGGUGUACCAAUCGAUGCACCAGAUGGAAUCCAUCGUAGACAACAUACAGUCCAAACCAAAGACAAAACAACCUAAACCCGGAUCCCAGUACCCGACAUCCAAUUGGCACCAGUUCAUCACCCUAACGCGCCGUUCAGCUCUAUCAACGAUCCGCAACUACAUCCUAUCGAUCCUCCGCCUGGGAGGACUGAUCCUGCUCGGCGCAAUGAUCGGAAUCAUCUACUACGACAUCGGCAACGACGCGUCCAAAAUAAUCUCCAACACGGCCUUCCUAUGCAUCUCCCUUGCCCUGGUCGUGUUCAUCAACGCAGUAGCCGUUGUGCUAAGCUUUCCCAUGGAAAUGACAGUGCUGACGCGCGAGCACCAAGCAAACUGCUACUCGAUCGCGGCCUACUACUUCGCCAAGCUCACAACCGAUUUCGUCCCGAUGAUCAUCGGGAAUGCCUGCUUCCACACAAUCACCUACUACAUGACGGGUCAACCGGUUGAGCUGGACCGUUUUCUCCGAUUCGGAGCGAUCCUGCUGCUCACCGGAUGGUUCGGCCAGAUCUUUGGCCUGUUCGGCGGCAGCACCUUCUCGAUCCAACUCGCCCCCUUCGUAGUCCCGGUCGCGAUCCUAACCAUGGUCCUGUUCGGAGGAUUCUUCAUCCGGUUCAACGAGCUUGUCCCCUUCCUGCGUCCCCUGAUCCACGUGUCUCCCUUCAAGUACGCGUUUGAAGGUGUCGCCCAGGCCGUUUACGGCUUCAACCGGACCAACCUUGCGUGCUCGGCCGGCAGUGACGACGCACGGGUGUGCCCCUUCCAAACCGGAGACCAGGUGCUGGCCAUGCUGGACAUGGACCAGGCUGAUUACGGGGUUGACGUGGGUGGGCUGGCCGUCAUUGUUGGCGUGAUGCACGUGGUCGUGUAUGUUUGUCUGUGGGUGAAGGUUAGAUGAAGAUGAGUGUUAGCUCGGGAAAUAUUAGUGAUAAUUGAGUUGCGGUUAGAACAAGUUUCAAUAAAGUUGCGUGACGAAGAACUGACAUUUGUGUGCAUUAUUGUGGGAUGACUUGUUACGGAAUUGUUCGAGACUGUGACGAACUGGAAAGUUUUCUUUUUUGCAUAGGCAAACAGAAGGAAUAAUGUAUAUAUUCAUGAAGUAACGUUGGAUAUGGUAAUGUGAUAACAUGAUUGAUGAUGUCGUGAUUUGCGUAAAAUUUAUCAAAUCAUUAGCUUUUUUUUGUACUGCUUCAGCUGCUAGCACGUUUGCUCUAUUAGGCAAAGGAUAAAACUCUAAAGUAAAAACUUAAAAUAGAAAAAAAUAUGUAUUUUUUUCUUGCAAAUCACCCUCUUCAAUAACAACGUUAUUAAGGGUUGUUAGCGAUAUAUUAGACUUAUUAAAAAGAAAAAUAUUGACUAAACAUUACAACUACGCACAAAAAUUGUUAUUUUUAUUAUAGGCUUGAUAAUCCGAAGUCCAAUGUGAGUUUGUAAACAAAGAGUAAAAAAACAACAUCAAAUCAGGAAUCAACUUUGUUAUCAAAACAAAAAAACUUAAUUUCACUGACAUUACAUGCAAACUGACAUUAAUAUUUAAUGAGUCAUAAAAUUUAUCACUUUCCUAAUAUUGAAAACCCUUCGGCCAAAGAUACCGUAGGGCGGAAACAAACUCUGAUAUUUAAGCAUUGUUGAUCUGACAUGAUAUUAUGCAGAUUUUUGAAUAUUUGUUUACUGCAGAGCAAUUUUUAUUGAUUGCCGAUUAUAUGAGCAUAUUUAUUAGGGUGACACAAAUUCAACUUCUUUGAAGACUUUGAGGGGGUUUUGUGAGGACUUUCUGAGUAAAAAUUAAUACAUUUG